AUGUGCGGCCUUUCCGCAGCACCACGGCACCACGCGUGGACGCCUCAUGCGCUGCAGAUUGUUGGCCUCGGGGCCGAAUUUGACCGGAAUGCUGGGAGGAUCACGCUCUACUGGGAAUACGGCAACUUGUCCAGGCCUUACCUCAGCGAGAUCUCUCGAGGUCGGACUGUGCUGAUCAGCACAGUGGACGGCGGAGUCGAUGUAGAGGAUGCCUCAAAGACCAUCUCUGGGGAGGUGCGGGCCUUAAAGAUGUGCGAGAGUGGUCGAGCUGGGUGGCCAGAAAAGUACGGGUCGCACGCAUUGGAAAUCAGAUGGUUUCUCUGGAACCUGGCCGUUUUGCAAAGAUUGAUUCGCUGCUGGGUGGUAAAGUGGGAGGUGGAGAGUGUCUCCAGCGACUGCAUGAUGGUCGUCACCCAGUGGCCUGGCUUCAGGUUACAUGCACGUGCGUGCACCUUUGCUACGGGAUGCUGUGAGGUACGAGAGGCUGCCAGCGGGAAGGCCUGCAUAGUACGUUGCAUGGACUGGGCUGACGAAGCUGCUCUUCACUUGGUGAUUGUGUCCGAACUUCGAACAUACAAUGGGACUGCAAGAUUGCCCAGGCGAGGAGGUCGAAAUCACCUCUUCCGCGAGGGGCUGGUGAUGCUUUCCGACAAGGCGCACGCCUCAUUCCCACAGUGUGCCCAUCGUGCCCAAGGCGCCGACCUUGGCCCGAACAUCGUGGCCUACAAGCGUGCUCGCCUUUUCAGUGCGCAUGCUGCAUGGAGCUUGAAUGCGAUUUGA